CCCGCCGCCAACCACCAAGCUCCCUCCCCGUAACCUCCCGCAACCCUCAUCCCUCCCGAGAACCUCCUCCACCGUCGGCCGGCCUCCCCUCCACCGCGCUCCUCCCUUCCCCUCCUCUCUCGCAUCUCCCAUCCCUAGCAUACCUCUCUCUCUCUCUCUCUCUCUCUCUCUCUCUCUCUCUCUCUCUCUCUCUCUCUCUCUCUCUCUCUCUCUCGUGUUGGGAAGGAACUCGAAGAAAUCGACCGUCGACGUUGAUCUCACGAGCCUCGGCGGCGAGAUGAACAUCUCCCGCCACCACGCUCGGAUCUUCUACUACUUCACCCGCCGGCGAUUCGCUCUCGAGGUCCUGGGGAAAAAUGGAUGUUUGUUGGAAGGCGUCCUCUACCUGCCAGGGAACCCUCUCGUGAAGCUCGAUUCGCAUGAUCUGCUGCAAAUCGGAGACAAGGAAUUCUACUUUCUGCUCCCGGUGAGGAGCAUUUUGGGCAGGGCGUUAGGGCCGAGGCAUCACGUGCCUGUGGUGCCCCCGCCGCCGCAGUACGGGUAUCAUGGGGAGGAGAGGGCUUUGCUGCCGACUGCUGGCGGUGGUGCCGGGAAGAAAGGGAGACGGAAUGGUAGUCAUUUUUUCCGUAGUCAUUUUUUUUAAAUGGUAGUCAUUUUUUUCGUAGUGGUAGUGUUAUUGUCGUAUUGGUAUUGUUUUUGUCGCAUUGGUAUUAUUUUUGUCGCAUUGGUAUUGAUUUUGUCGCAUUGGUAUUGAUUUUGUCGCAUUGGUAUUGAUUUUUGUCGCAUUGCUAUUGAUUUUGUCGCAUUGGUAGUGAUUAAAUCUGCAAUAGUAUU